CGGUUGACGUGUAAUAUAAACUGUCAAAUAUCAGACGGUCAACAGCAAAUAAUCAACCGAAAAUGGAUGGAUUUAUGAUGGAGCCCACAUUGAACAUCAUCAAAGGCAUGUGCAUCAUGGACAAUGAUGGCAACCGUAUAUUGGCUAAGUACUAUGACAAGAAUGUGUUGCCCACAGUGAAGGAGCAAAAGGCUUUUGAAAAGAAUUUAUUCAGCAAAACACAUCGCUCCAAUACAGAGAUUAUUAUGUUGGAUGGCCUUACCUGCGUCUACAAGAGUAAUGUCGAUCUGUUUUUCUAUGUAAUGGGCAGCGCCUACGAGAAUGAAUUGAUACUGUUGUCGGUGUUGAACUGCUUGUAUGACACGAUAAGUUUGAUAUUGAAGAAGAAUGUAGAAAAGCGUUUAGUUUUGGAUAAUUUGGAAAUUAUUAUGCUGGCUUUCGAUGAGAUCUGUGAUGGCGGAGUUAUACUAGAUGCCGAUCCAGCCUCAGUGGUAAAACGUGUUGAUUUGCGCAACGAAGACAUUCCCAUUGCCGAGCAGACCGUCGCGCAGGUGCUACAGUCUGCGCGCGAACAAUUCAAGUGGUCCAUACUUAAGUGAACAAUAUGUAGAUAAAUCUGAAUGUGCAGAGGAGACACAAAGAAAAAACAAGUUUUUUAAACUAUACACAACUUUUCUAAAAGCGGAAUACAUUCGAUUUUUAUUGUUAUUAUAAUAUAAUUUACUACCAUAUACAAAUAAUAUAUAGCAAAAUAUGCCAACAUAUAAA